CAGGGGGUGGGUCUUGUUUUAGUCAUUAGUUAAAAUGACAGAGGGUGUUUAAUGAUAACAAAGGAGCAGGAGUGUGAUGACUAGAGAGACUUGUUGCGCAAUCAAGACUCCUUAUGAAGGCAGACGACUUAGAUAGGAGGUCAUUUAGACAGAGAGAAACCUGCCUGAGCACAACAUGAUCUGGAUCUUUCCUCUGCUUGUCCUGCUGUAUUUGACUCUCACACGGCGAUGGAGGUCGAAGAACGAACCGCCUCUGGAUCAAGGAUUAAUCCCAUGGUUAGGUCAUGCACUGGAAUUUGGAAAAGACGUCCCCAAAUUUAUAAACCGAAUGAAGCUGAAGCACGGCAACAUAUUUACUGUGCGUGUUGCGGGCCGCUACGUGACCCUGCUGCUGGAUCCUCACUCGUACGACGCCGUCAUCAAUGACUCAGACUCGCUGGACUUCAGCCCCUACGCCCAGGUUCUCAUGAGGAGGAUUUUCAACCUUGAGCUCCCUCUUCAGCAGCCGGCUAAAGCCAAGGCCAUGAUGACGAGGCAUUUCCUGGGAAUGAAUCUGUCCACGCUGAACAGCACCAUGAGCCGACACCUGAGGUCCCUGCUGAAAAGCGAGAUGCUGCACAACCAGAGGAACUGGAAGGAGGAGGGACUUUUCAACCUCUCCUACGGCCUACUUUUCAAGGCGGGGUACCUCACGCUGUUCGGAGGGGAGCAGAACAACAACAAACCCGAUCCCUCCAAAGUCUACGAGGAGUACAGGAAGUUCGACGACCUCUUGUGCAAACUGGCGCGGGGGACGCUGAAAGCAGAGGAGAAGAAGGCGGCGCAGACUGUUCAGACGAGACUCUGGGAGCUCCUGGCUCCAGCGGGUCUGACUGACGACUCGGGGUCAGACACGUGGCUCCACGCCUACAGACAGCUCCUGCAGGAGGACGGAGUCGACGAGGAGACGCAGAGGAAGGCCAUGCUGAUGCAACUCUGGGCCUCACAGGGUAAUGUUGGCCCUGCUGCGUUUUGGCUUCUGGGCUACCUGUUGACAAAUCCUGAAGCCCUGGUGGCGGUGAAGAGGGAGUUUGGCCAGCUGUCACAGAUGGAAGACUCAGGGACUCCUCUCCUGGACAGACCCAUGAACACACCAGUAUUUGACAGCGUCUUGGAAGAGACUCUGAGACUCACCGCCGCCCCCUUCAUAACAAGAGAGGUGGUGCAGGAUAAGAUCCUCAGCAUGGCUGAUGGCCAAGAGUACCUGCUACGAAAAGGAGACAGGGUGUGCUUGUUCCCCUUCAUCAGCCCUCAAAUGGACCCCGAGAUUUACCGAGAGCCACAGAAAUUUAAAUAUGAUCGCUUCAUGAACAAAGACGGAUCUGUGAAGAAGGAUUUCUAUAAAGGAGGGAAGCGGUUAAAGUAUUACACCAUGCCGUGGGGGGCCGGGGCCAACGGCUGCGUGGGGAAACAGUUCGCCAUCAACGCCAUCAGAAAGUUUGUUUAUAUGUUGCUAACAAACUACGAUUUGGAGCUGUGUGAGCCGAACGCUCAGAUGCCGGAGAUAAACGCCAGCCGUUAUGGAUUUGGGAUGCUGCAGCCUGAAGGAGACCUGCUUAUCCGAUACAAACCCAGAAACACGCAACAGUAAACAAUAAACAAACAUCUUUGUACAUUUCAUUAUGGAACAUUGUUAAUAAUAAGUGUUAUUUUAUAUGUUUAUGUGUUUAUAUUUAUAUGUUCAAUGUCAUUAUUUUUGUUAUUUAUCAAUAAAUAUGAAUUGUGAUUUUGGUGA